AUGCAGAGACCAGGCGGCCAGGGGACGGCGUUCUCAAUCGACUCCCUGAUAGGGACUCCUCAGCCCAGACCGGGACACCUGCUCUACACGGGCUACCCUAUGUUCAUGCCGUACAGACCUUUGGUUAUCCCACAAGCCUUAUCCCACUCGCCUUUAUCGUCUGGUAUACCUCCACUCGCGCCUUUGGCUUCUUUCGCGGGACGGCUCACCAACACGUUCUGUGCCAGUUUGGGACAGGGGGUGCCCUCCAUGGUGGCGCUCACCACCACGAUGCCAAGUUUCUCGGAUCCUCCGGACAGUUUCUACCCGCCACAAGAACUCCCCGGUCCCCGUUUAAGCGCCGCAGAUCCCGGAGCGAGGAGGCAGGAGAGUCCGCACUCUGACGAGCUGCACAGCCGGGACAAGGGCUCAGAGCUGCUCAACUUCUCGGAAACUUUUCAAACAAUAUCAGGUGAGACCAAACUGUACAGCUCAGACGACGAGAAGCUGGACCUAAAGUCAGCGGACACGGUGUGCAGUGACCGGGAGGACAGCUCCGCAGACAGCGAGAACGAAAGUUUCUCGGACGGGAACAACUGUGGCUCGCUGUCCCAGAAGAGCAAACUAAAAACCGGCUCUCAGGAGGCGCUGCCCACCGGCAGCUCGGCGGGGAAGAGCCGCAGGAGACGAACAGCUUUCACCAGCGAGCAGCUGCUCGAACUGGAAAAGGAGUUUCAUUGUAAAAAGUACCUUUCUCUGACUGAGCGCUCGCAGAUCGCACACGCACUGAAACUGAGCGAGGUGCAGGUGAAGAUCUGGUUUCAGAACCGCAGGGCCAAGUGGAAACGGAUCAAAGCCGGCAACGUUAACAACCGGUCUGGAGAACCGGUGAGAAACCCCAAAAUCGUGGUCCCCAUCCCCGUGCACGUCAACAGGUUCGCUGUGAGGAGUCAGCACCAACAAAUAGAGCAAGGGACCAGGCCAUGAACUCAGAUAUUAUUAUGAAAAAUAAUAAAAACACUUACAUUGACUCUGUGUUCCACUGAUUCGCAUGAAGCACAAACAGGAGGAUUCAUUAUUUUGUCUGAGAGGUGAGACUGAGCAGACAACAUGCUGUCAUUUUUAUUUAUUGCUCUGUGAAUAUGUAAAUAUAAAUGAGUAAAAAAAAUGGGCACUAUGAGAUGAGACUGUAAAGAUUUUUUUAAGUAUUUAUAUGUAGGGCCAAAAUGUUCUGUUGGUUAUCAUGUGCAUGUCCUCAUUUGGCUAAGCUGAAUUUUGUGUUUCGUACAAUUUGUUGAACACAUUUGCAUGUGAGACGUUUUACAAUUUUGUUUUUCACAACUGUAGGAACAUCCUCUGACAGCUAUUUGUGAAAAAAAAAAAGAAAAGAUGUGAAGGAAAUAAUGACCAAACAAGGGACAACUGUAAAGUAUAUUGA